AUGGAAUGUCCAAUGUGUUAUGAAUUUUAUGCACCAGAUAGAAUAGCAAGAAAUCUUUUAUGUGGUCAUACUUACUGCACUAUAUGUCUUGAAACUAUGUAUAAAGUAAAUAAGAGAAUUGAAUGUCCUCUUUGCAGGACAAAACACGAACCUAAUGUGAAACCAAAUAAUUUAAGCAAAAAUUUUGUUGCUAUGGAUUUGGCCUCUAAGCAUUUGGAAGAAUAGUAAACUAUACAUUUUAACAAUUAGAAAAACAUUUGAACUAUGCUAAUAACAUUAGAAAUAUCCAUUAUAGUUUUAUUGUGAAGAUGAUUAAUAAAAUAUGUGUACAGAAUGUAUAACUGAACAUUAUGGUCAUAAAUUUUUUAAAUAUGAACAUUCAGGUAUUGAUUAUAUUGCUUAAAUUAGUUUCUUUAUAAAUGAAUAGAGUAGGUCGCAUCUAAUAAAAAUUAAAGACUCAAUAUGAGAAUUUGGAAAAAUAGAUGAAAAAAUUUGAUAAUUGUAAAGAAUAAUUAGAUUUAGAUAACAUUAAACUUGUAUAUAUAUAUAAAGUAGGAUUUAGAUUGAAUAAAUUGAUGAUUAAUUUGAUAGAAUAAUUGCAAAAUGUGAAAAAAGAAGAAAAGAAUUAAAGGAUAAAUUAUUAUAAAUAUUUGGUUCUGAAAGUGAAUAAAUUGAAUCAGAAUUAAUAUUAAAUUAAUCCUUAUUAUCUAAUAUGACUCUUUUAUUGUAAAAAGUAAAUGAAAAGUAUAAUGAAUUAAGUAUUAUUGUUUGAAAUAUUUAGAGACUACAAAAGGUUUUAAAGGAAAUGAUUUUAUUAAAGAAAUUAAUGAUUUAGAUGAAUAGAUUGAUAAAGAUAUUGUUUAAUUAAAAUAAUUAAAAGGUAGUGAAUUAAAAAUACUACCAAAAUUAAAUUUUGAAUAAAAACUAAUUAAUGAUAUUUCUAAAUAUGGAAAAUUUAAGAAAGAAGUUAUUAAUCCUUAAAUUUGUUAUUUUGGAGAAAAACAUAAAAUUUUAAUUUACAACAUUGAAAAAAAUGAUUGGUAAUAUAGAUAAAUGUCUAAUGUAUAAAGUCAUGAAUUAAUGGAUAGAAUACAUUUGAUUACAAUUAUUAUGCUGCAGCAGCUAGUUUACCAAAUGGAGACAUAAUAAUAACUGGAGGAGGAGUUAGUAGAAAUGCUAUGUUAAUUUCUCCAUCUAAAGGAUUUUAAUAGUAGGCUUUGAAGAGUAUGUACUAUCCAAGAAAAGAACAUGCUUGUGUUUAUCUUGAUGGAUUUGUUUACGCAAUAGGAGGGUAUCUGAGAUAAAUGAUCUAAUAAGUUAUGAUGGCACUACAAAGCAGAUGUUAUCUUGUUGUGAAAAGUAUAGUUUAGUUACAGAUGAAUGGAAGAUGAUUGAUCCAUUACAAAAAUAGAAAUGUGCAUUUGCUGCUGCUACUGCUUUAAAUAAAUAUAUAUAUGUAUUUGGAGGAUUUGAUGGAAGAGAUAGACAAAAUACAAUUGAAAGAUAUUCUGUUAAAGAUAAUUAAUGGAAGGUUUUGGAACUUAAAUUUAAGUAAGGAUUUAGUAAUGCAGCAGCACUCUCUUAGGAUGAUAAUUAAAUUCUCAUUUUAGGUGGAGGGUAUCCAUUUAUAAUAUAUUUAAGUUCAAAUUAAGGUUUUACAAAUAGUUUACAAGUUUUUGAUCCAAUUAAUCAAACAAUUAAAAUUAUUAGUAUGAUGACAGAAGGUAGAGAUUUGAGAAAUAAAUUAAUUAUUUAUAACAAUGAUUUGUAUGCAUGUGGAGGAAAUAGCAAUUCUAUUGAAAAAUUUUAAAUUAUUUAAUAAGUCUGGACUAAUCUUAAGUACUUUAUUCAUUCUAUUUAUAAUUUAGAAGUUAUAAUUAUUUAAUUUAGGAUAAUUUAGAUUCUUGGUGUAGUGCUUUUACUUUUGAUGUUAAUACUUCAUAUACAGUUUCUAAUUUUAUGAAAAAUUGUAAAUAAAUAGAUGUAAACAUAUUUUUAUAUUUAGUUAUAAUAAAAUUAAAAGUAUCAAUAUCAGGAAUAAAUAAUGUUUGAAAAUAAUUCAUUCAAUUAAGAUGUCUUGAGUGAUGUAUCAGAUGGUUAAUUUUAUAAUAUUUCAAAUCAAGAUUAAUAGAAUGAUUGGUUUUGA